GCGGUAGCAUCCACGACUGUUCGCGGUCCCUGAGGUUUACUGCUGUUGUGCAGAGUCCCGCCAACUGAGCCUGAAAAUAUCCACAAUAUUGAUUUUUUUCUGGGACGUUUCGGUUUUCAAAAGCAUCACAGUCUACGGGUCGUGAAGUCGGUUGUGUUAACCCCCCGUUUUUUUUCCAAGAGACGCAAAAAAAGACGCACUUCUAAGUCUACCUGGAUAGCUGACAAAGCCGUCCGGUCCGGUUCGAGGUCCAGCGGGGAGAGACGGUGAGGAGAAGUUAGCGCGCGGAAGGCAAGAGCAAGAGAGAGAGGAAGCCAGGAUGAAUCUCAAGAAUCAUUUGAUUUUCACCCUCUACACUGUUUAUGGGAUUCUUCUCAAAGUGAUGGCUUCAAAGGGCAAAGUUCGAGGCAUCAGCGGUCAGUACCCUCUGGUUCAGAAUAUGACGGUGACAGAGGGCGGGACGGCGAACCUGACCUGCCGUGUGGAGUAUAAUGACAACACCUCCCUCCAGUGGUCAAACCCAGCGCAGCAGACCCUCUUUUUCGGGGACAAGAAAGCUUUAAGGGACAACAGGAUCGAGCUGGUGCAUGCGUCGUGGUCGGAGUUGACCAUCAGCAUCAGCGAUGUCACGCUGUCUGACGAAGGCAUGUACACCUGCUCCCUCUUCACCAUGCCGGUCAGAACAGCCAAAGCCUACCUGACGGUUCUCGGUGUGCCGGAGAAGCCAGAGAUUGAUGGCCUGACAAAGCCCGCCAUGGAGGGAGACCACAUCACUCUGACCUGCAUCACUCAGGGCAGCAAGCCCGCCGCCGACCUGCGCUGGUUCAGGAAUGAAAAGGAGAUCAAAGGUGCCAAAGAGGUGAAUGCAAGCGGGAAGACAUUUACAGUGCGGAGCUCUCUGCAGCUGCACGUGGACAGAAAUGAUGAUGGAGUGGCCUACACCUGCAAAGUGGACCAUGUGGCACUCUCACAGACACCACAGCAGGCCACUGAAGUACUGGAGGUCCACUAUGCUCCUCGUGUGGAGAUCAUCCACUCCCUUGCAGUCCCCCAGGAGGGUCAGUACUUAAAGCUGGAGUGUGUGUCCAAAGGGAACCCUUCGCCAGAUCCUGUGAUGUGGACAAAGGACGGGGGUGAUCUUCCUGACCUGGACAGGAUGAUUGUAGAGGGGAGGGAGCUCACCUUUACUUCACUCAACAAGACAGACAAUGGCACCUACCGCUGCGAAGCCAGCAACCACCUAGGGACCAGCAGUGCUGAAUAUGUACUCUACGUCUACGACGUCCCCACAACCCUGCCUCCAUCCACCACUCCCCCCCUACAUCCCAUCCCUCCAGAUCCUACCGCUCUGUUAGGCACCCACGCCUCAGACCCCACAGUCACUGGCAACCGAGAUCCCAACGCUGUGGGGCAGCACGGCACUGACCAUGCCUUGAUCGGAGGAGUGGUGGCUGUAGUGGUCUUUGUCACCUUGUGUUUAAUCAUUGUUCUGGGAAGAUACCUGGCCAGGCAUAAAGGAACGUACUUGACAAACGAGGCCAAAGGAGCGGACGACGCGCCCGACGCCGACACAGCCAUCAUCAACGCUGAGGGCAACCACGCGCACGCAGAAGAAAAGAAAGAAUACUUCAUUUAGACUGCAGGGGGAGCUGUGCAGCUCUCUCCUCCCCCCUUUCAAUCCCUGUAUCUCUUUCUCUCUCUCUCUCUCUGUCUCCCCCUUCUCUUCUCCACCUCUGACCACUGCCCCCAUCGUGUCCACGAGGAACCCGCAGGCAGCCCAGCCAGUGUUUUUCUAUUAUUACCUUCUGUUGGGCCCAUUUCUGUCAUUUACAUCCCGCCCUUUCUUUCUUUCUUCCUCUUUUGAUUUGGCAGCCGGUGUUCGCAGGCAGCUUGCCGUCGCUGCUGAAGUCGCCCCCUCGCUCAUACUGUUCCUCAUCUUUGACAUGAAUGCCUGGAAGUCUGUAUCUCUACCAUGACUGCUUCUUACAUGAGCCCUCGUUCAUCCUCUCCUCCGUUUCCCUCCGAGCAGACACCCCGAACACAUACGAUGUCCCCUUUGUUCACACGCGUCCACAAACACAUAUCAUAUCUCACAUCAACACGGUGCCUAAAAAUACAGACGCCAUUGAACUUCUGUCAAUGCCUUCAUGUAUCGUCUGUCGGUAGCAAUGUAAAUGCUUUGUAGAUGGUUAACUGGACCAUCGUUUCAUUGCUUAGCUCACAGCUUUUGAUUAUGCAUUGCGUCUUUUUUUGUUCUUUUUUAUUAUUUGAAUGAAAAAUCUUUGCUGUUUACGCCUUAUACAUGUCUAUCACACUGAAUACUAGACGAUCCACCCCCACCCCCCCAACCCCAUCCUCUCUAAAUAGACCUGUAAUUAAACAGUGGACCCUUGUAAGAUAAGAAGAAAGUUUUGUGUAACACUGUAGCAAGGUUUGUCAGAUAAGUGUAUAAUAUGAUUUUCAUUAUUAGGGUAGGGGUAAUAAAGGGUAGUGCGGUAUUGUUAAGAGAAGAGAAUACACAAAGAUGCUAGAUGAAGCAUUCCAUCAAGUAAACUCAGUCAAGUAUAUAAGACCAUUUGCUAAACCUGCUGUUCCUGUGUACUUCUGUCUGUAUAUUGCUGCACUGUCCAGGCUGCAGUUUAGCGAACCACCAACACCUUCAGCGUCCUCUCGACAGCUUACAGUAGUUUGUGAUUCACAUUAAGAGUUCAGGUGUACAGAAAGAGUCGAUCUCCUCUCUCUAAAAGUUGUAUAAAUUGUAUUGAAAUGAGUUUAGCUUUUCACUUUGAAUUAUUUUGUUUACGUUUACGUCACAUUGGGAUAAUUCUGAGGCUUAAGGACCCUGUGAAAUGCAAAAUGGACCAUUGGGAGUGACAGAAACAAGUAUACAGUUAUAGUAUGUACAGGAAAUGUAGUGUUUAAUUACCUUUGCUCACUCUUUCACUUAUUUUGAUUGAUACCUCUUAUAAUCUUGAGGUCCAGGCAGCUUUCCACAGUGGUUUCCGUCCAUGUACUGGCUCCUAGAUAAGCAUCCAAUCAUAGUGUUACUUUAUGCAAAUAGUGAUAACAUCAGUUUGACGAAAAAUCACACUUUCUGUUUGUAUUGCCACCUCCACAUUUCUGCUUAACCAGCUUCUAAUGAUUUAGUUGAGCUGUAGAUAUCACCAACAUGCCGCAUACUCCCACCUCUCAAACUGCAUAACUGCUCUUCUUAUUUCCAUUUUGUCAGAGUCGCUCUCCAUGGACUGAACUUUGAUUUCCAUUUCAUGGGGUCUUCAAGCAAGGAAAAAAAAAGAAAAAAAAAAAGGAAAUAGUGUGUGAGUGCUGGGUCAUAGAUCUGCAGGGGCCUCCUUUCCAAAACUAAAAACUGAAGACAAACAGAGAAGCACAAAAAUGUCUGAAUGAGUAACUGUGUUCCUUUGCCAACAGCUCGAUCGCUUUGGGAAUGGUUCUUCUACUCAGAUGGGUAUAGCAGAAAGAUGACAAGGCUGUCCUUGAUUCAUCCUGGAAAAAAAAAAUCACAGUGCAUCUUUUUGAAAAUGUAAGCUAAAUCAUGUUUUUAUAUAUAAAAAAAGUUUCUAAUAAUUUUGGUUUAAUGGUUCUAAGCUCCCUGCUGUAUAUUGUGUCUGCUAAAAUGUGGUUGAUUGUGAAAAAUUGCUGUUAAAUUCUGGAUUCCCAUAUUCCUUCAAAUUUGUAUAUUAGCCACCUUAUCUAUUUCCUUUUGUCAUUUUUCAUUGCAUAAUCCUUAUUGGAAAACUUUUAAACAAAUGUAUUUUGUUUGGGCACAAGGCAUGUAUAUAAUGUGUGAAAACUAAACUUUGGUAAUACACAUUAGCAUGUUUUUGUUUGGUUCUUCUUCAUGUUUGAUUCUUUUGAACUGGAGUUAUUUAAGGGAGAGCCCCAAUGGAAGACUGUUUGUAACUUAAUUUUGGAGAGCGGUGGCUUCUUGUGUUUGUGGCGUGCUCUGAGGUGCUACAGAGCUGAAAGAUUCGGUGUAGAAAAUACGAGUGAACAAGAAAAGGAAAUGACAAAACUCAGUGAAACAAAUAUGGAAAAACACUUAUGGUGUUUGCAUGUUGGCCCUUUGUCCACAGAACUAGAGGAAAAUGUGCAUCUGUCUUCACCAAAUACAAACUGGAACGCAUUAAGAUAAACAUUACCUUCACGCUGGAGGCAAUGAAAGUUUCCCACACGCUGAGACAAACAUAACAUAUCCUCGUAAACAACUUCUGCUUCUUUUCAUACGUCCCUGCCAUUUGUCUUUUAUCAGUUUGCAGGAAUUUGGCUGAUUUACUCUCCUGUGAAAGAGCGAUAAAGUCUGUGGCCUCUGGAACUAAAGACUUAAAGGCAAGGCACUAAUCCACUAAAAGGGAGUAAAUUAUUACCAAGGGCAAUAAAAUAGUGGGCCCAGCUGUCUCCAAUUCGAUGGCCAAUUUACAACAUUAUGCAAAUAAGGUCAGCAAGUAAGGUCUUUUUCUGUUUGUGGUAGAGCUCGAACACUGCUGGGGUGAAUCAGGAGCUGGGAGUCAUUCGAUCGAUCACAUCAGUUUUUGCCCGUCACCGCGGACGCAGACAUUUAGUUUGCAUAUUACAUUUUAAAUACCUUGAUUAUUUGUUUUUAAAAAUGCAGAAGCUUUGCCACAGUUUGCAAUAGUAGUGCACUUCAAUCAAUGUACCACUUUUUACAGGUUUAACUUCAGCCACACCCCAAACCUUCAGUAGAUCGAGACUAAAGCAUUCUAGACGGGCUCCGGUCUUUAGGAACCUUCUGUAUCACAUGUGUGCAUAGAUACAUUUAUCACAAUGAUGUCAUGUUUUGUUCUUUUUUUAUUAUUAUUAUUAUUUUGUACUUUUCUAUCUAGUUCUUUUCAUUGUGUCUUAAAUCAGUGACGGUGUCAAUCAGAUUUUCUGUUGCUCUACGCUCGUGAGUUCCGGCUUGGAAAUGAGAGAGCGGUCGAAUCGAUUUGUUGAUUGUGAAGUCAGAGAAUCAGGCUGUUUUAUAUCAGAUGGGCACUGGCCAGGUGUGCAGUGAUGGGUCAGAAAGGAAACAGGUGCCAUUUACUGAAUUAUGCACUCUGACUAAUUUGAAGGCUAUUUCUUAGCGAAUGGUGAAAUGUGUUUUGUUUUUCUUUCUGAAAACCACAUGUAAAUAUUUGUUUUGACACGAAAGUAAUGAGCUAAUUUGUUGCAAAUGGCUUUUUAUGAUAGUCAGACCAAACCUGAAACUUUUUUAAUUUGUUGUUCUCACAGCCUGGCACAUACCAUCAUGCACUAUUUUGCUAUGAUAGAGUCAACUGUAGCUUGGGGUCAGUUAUUGGUCGUUUUUCUUUUUGUUGAUGUUGUUGUUUAAAACUAAGCUUUAAUCUUGUUGCCUCCUUCCUUUCCAAUAUAUAUCAGUUCGGUUUAUACCACUCCAUCACCAUGGGCCUCUAAUUUCAUCCUGGCGGGAAGACAGCAGUAGCGCUAAUAUAGUACUUUCAAGGGCGCAAGUCCAUUUUUUUAGAUUCACCUCCGUCUGGUCCAAAUGCACCCACUUUCUUUGACUGACAGCGGCGCAGCUGAGGUUCAUGCAGAUCAGGCAGUGUAAUACUGGCAGUCGUUAUGGCAUGCACAUACUUGCGCACAAUUUUUGCGAACAAUUUUCAUGUUGGCGGUGGCACACACACACAAAAAAAAACCCAAAAAACAACACUUAUGCAAGUGUUUUGCCUCUUUCCCUGGGAGUGACCUUUUCUUUAUUAACACAUAUUUAAAUGCAUCUUUUAAUGCGACCAAAGCAGCUUGGAAUGGGUUAAAUUAGUGGGUGAUUUCUAGCACUGUUGUCGUUCACAGCUGCUCGGAGCUUGUAGGAUUAUUCCCUUUCAGUUGACUAAACCUGCAGCAGCAGGGACUACAUGUGUGCCCGACGGUAAUCAUAGAAACACAUUUUAUUAUACUAUGAGUUGACCAAGUGCUCUGAUAUCACUAUUUUAUGAAGUAACACCAUAUCACAGGAUUUCAGCGUAUCCUGAAACGUUAAUUCAACCCAGAACAUUCUUGGACAUGUAUUUGUGGAGCUGUUUAUUUGUGCCUUGCCUGCCGGCCUGCUUCUUUUAAAGAGGGAUGAGACGACCUGACGUGAUUGGCCAUUACUGAAGCUUGUCGAAACGCCACCUGCUGAUGUCGCAUCGCGUAUUCAUCCCGCCACAGCCUUUUCAAAAUCCUGCGCCGCCCCGAGAGCGCCUCUGCUCGCAGAAUAUUGUAGUCGGUCGGGCACUCACACAUUUGGCGCCAGCAAUUGUUCCCAAUUUCAGGAAAUUAGAGGCCCACAUCAAGUAAAAACUCUGAAUCCCUGAUUAAAAAGGGAUGAACAAUGAAAGUAAUGCCCACUUUGAUUCAUAAUCUAUCUAAAACACCUCUUUUUUUUAACUGCGCUGGUUCACAUUUAGUUUUAUCUCGUGGUUUUGUCGGUUUCAUUCUCCGCAGCAGUGAUGAUAGCAUGACAUGGCCCGGUCCAGUCCUAUCUCUCCUCCUCUGACCCUUCACGUGUCUUUGCUGUACAGUUUGGCUUCAGUGCACUUCUUUGUUCCUCUGCAAUAUUGACACUAGAAUCAAUCAGUCCAAUUUCCACGAUCGUGACGUUUUGAUCUUUCGUUUUGUUUUCGAUUAUAUCUGUUUCUUUUGUUUUGCAUCUCAGGAAUAUAUUUCAUUUAGAGAGUUUUUUUUCGUUUGUUUGUUUAUUUUCUGUCUUAAAACGGGGACUUGUGAGCACUUCCCUCUCUACUAGCCCCCUUGAAUGCUGACACCAUGUAUUUUGUUGAGUUUAAGAUUAUCACAAUGUUAAUAAAAUUAUUCAGUGAUUCUUCAGUAAUUCUGUCAUCUCGCUGUCAUUGGGAUAUUAGACUUAAGAAACCGUUUUUUGAUAUGAUGACUGACUUGAAAUACUGAUAUUUAGAAAUAUGCUGCAAAUAAUCACAAGUUUCGAGAAUGAUAGAAGUUGUGUUUAUACACAGUGUUAAUUAAUCUUAGCUUAUGGUGUGUAAGCAGUUCAAUGCUUUUGUCCUCUACCACGUUUUUCUUGUAGCAACACACAUCUUUAUGAGUCAGUCGCUCACAAAAUACGAAAUAUUCACAGUAAAGCUCAGUAAAGAUCAGGAUUAGAGCUAGACACGUUAGUUCAGCUUCUGAUGUACCUUGGUGAAAUAAAGGGUUUCAUAUCAAGCUGCACUGAGAGGGCUUGAUUCGAUAUAUAGCACCAUAAUGGAGGUGUUUUUCUCCCAUUGUCUGUGGGAUUUAUUAUAUUUAAUUUAGAGGUUCGUUCUCAUGUAUGAAAUAAAAAUUGUUGAAU